AUGAAUAAAGAACAGAAAGUUCUUAUCCGCCAACAUGGCAAUAUCACACAAGUCUGUUCACAUACAUGCGCGCUUGAUUUGGUGCUCAGUGCAGGUUCAGUGUGUACCAGACAAGUAGAACAUAAAUCAAGUGCACUGGUGCAGAGUGCAGAACAUGUUCUCCUUGCACCUUUUUCCCAGGUGGUGCAUGAGGAACAACAAUUUGGCCGACAAUGGCAGAAAGCACGAUCCCUUAAGAGGCUUAAGGAGGACUUCAAGGAAGAUGCCGUUGAGCUUAAGGUAUGGCAGAGAAAUCUCCUGCAUGAACUCGAAUUCCAACACAGCCGCAAGGACACGAGGACUAUAAACUGGAUAUAUGACCAACAAGGGAACAACGGAAAAACAUGGUUAACAAAAUACUUAGUAGCCAACAGGGGUGCAAUAAGUUUCCAAAAUGGAAAAACAUGUGAUAUAGCUUAUAUGUACCACGAUCAAGAAUAUGUAGUAUUUGAUUUAGUAAGAAGUAGCCAGGAACACAUUAAUUAUGAAAUUAUAGAGAUGAUAAAAAAUGGACUGAUGAACAGCACAAAGUACAGAUCGAAAGUAAAAAUAUUCAGAGAACCAGUAGUAACAGUUAUGAGCAACACACUACCAUGCAUCAAGAAAAUAAGUAAAGACAGAUUGAAUGUUAAAUACAUAGAAAAUGAUUGCCUACAAGUACCAGAAUUGUGUUACUGCACAUUAUGUAAAAAAGAUGAUUAACCCUGGGGAGAGGGUAUAGACUCUCGACACAAAUCAUGUUAAAAUUGUUAAGUCCACAUGGACAAAUUUAUAAAGCCCUAGAGCUUUUCUGUACAUAUAUAUGCAAAGUUUAAUAAAA